CCUUAUCGAAAGCCGCAUUACCAUUUCUCAAUAUACUAAGUAGUUUGCAGUAAAACUAUGGUGAAAUUGGUAAAAUAAAACUUAGUUCAACAUUUUCUAUUGUUGGUUAAAGUAGAAAAGCUGCGGUAGUUCCGAAAAACGAUUAUAUAAUCCGAAAGCAUUCCAGCCAUGGGGAGCGGUAAAUCUAAAGAGUCUCACCCGGCUGACAAGAAAAACAACAUUGAUUUUACUCGCUUUAAAGCAAGAGUAGACCGCAUUAAUAUCAGUGGUUUAAGUAGGACUUACGAUGACUACGUCCAGCGCUCUGUUGCAAACCUGUUUAAAGCCUCAAACUUUCAGGAUGUUAUCAUCGAAACGACGAACGCAAAGGAUAACUUAAUGCAGCUAGGUAUUUUCAAAAACUUGAAAAUAAAGAUCGAUGUCAGUAAAGGAAGUGACGCAACCAAAAAUGGUUACGAAGUAACAUUCAACGGCGACGAGCUUUCUCGUCUUACCGGUAGCAUCGGAACAGAAUUAGGACAAAACGAUGGGGCAGCCACUGCAGAGCUAACAUCACCCAAUGUGUUUGGCCGAGGGGAACGUGUUAGUUUGAAUUAUAGCUACAGUUACGUGAGAAGUAGUGUACUUAACCUGCGUUUUACGAAACCAUACUAUCAUACCAUUGUUGGAGAAUACAACCCAGAAGCAUCAAUAUCAAUUUUCAAGCAUUCUUCGCCAACACCCUGGACUAAGUUUCGAACCGAAGAAUCUGGAAUAUUGCUGGACUUCUCAUUUACGUUGCCGUUUAAUUUAAGCAAUAGCUUUCAGUACGAGGUUGGUGUGAAGGAAAUAUUUGCAAUGGACAAGUUUACACCAUUUUUUGUUCGGGAGCACUGUGGACCCAAAUUGGCCAGCAUCAUUCGAUACAUUGGCACUUUUGAAACACGUGAUAGCAAUGUAUUUCCUACCAACGGUGUACUGAUAAAAACUACCAACGAACUUAUGGGAAGCACACUUAGUCAAUUCGGCGUGAUGAAAUCCGACGUUCAUUGCGAAAUGAACGUACCGCUCUUUGCUGGAAUAUCACUUCAGUUGAGCGGACGAGUAGGAAUGUUACUGAACGACAUGCGGAAAGAGGCGAUUCCUAUCAAUUCUUUAUUCUUUUUGGGUGGCCCACAAUCGCUGCGUGGAUUUGAGCUUGCUGGAGCUGGUCCCCUUCGCGAAGGAGUUGCCGCGGGUUGUACGUCCUACUGGGCAUCUGGACUACAUCUGUGGAGUCCUUUACCUUUCAGCAGUUAUUUCGGUGGAUUUGGUAAACUCUUCAGGACGCAUUUGUUCUACAAUUUCGGAACGUGCAAUACAUUUACUACUGACAAGCUGCGUAGUACGGCUGGAGCUGGGAUAGCAUUUAGGAUAGGACAAAAAGCGCGCAUUGAAUUCAACUACUGCCAACCACUGUCUUUUGAAAGUGGAGAUCGGGUUAAGCGAGGAUUUCAGUUCGGUAUCGGUUAUGAGUUUAUUUAAGUAGAUAGGUACUUAUUCGAAAUACAAACCGCUAGAGCCUUGCUACCGCUACCUUGUUCUAUUCGCGUCCUGGUUGAUCGAAAACAUGGUCUUGAGAGGUUUGUUUCAAUUACCAAACGUUAGUUUAAUAACAGUAAUCUAAAAAGUCAGUGUGUUAUAUUUGUUUGCUAUAUUAAAAUCCAAUAGAAUAAUUUGUUUGAAAGAAUUACUUACAUUAAGAGUAGGUGUCAGGUGCUUCAAUGCAGAUAAAACAGUUUGUCUUAAAUAGCAGUCUCUCGUUCGGAAUUAACUGUGUAAAUGUACUACGUGAUUCAGUAAUCCUGGCAAGCACUGUAAAUCAGGCUGUCCUUUUUGAGGACAUGUUAAGUAAAACCUUCCGAAUUCAAUUGUGGCGAGGAAAGCAUUUCUAAUGUUUCAAGAAGCGGUUAUAUAGGAUAUAUAUGCUUUGGAAGGAAUGUAUAUUAAAGCAGUGCAAAGAUUUUUUAUUACGCAUUGUUGACAAUCAGGGCAUUUAAAAUAACAGGAAGGCUAUUUCGAUAGAGAGAAGAGCUCUUUCUAUUACAUUCUAUUUUCUAUUGUUAUUCUUCUUUCUAUUAGCAUUUGACCGAUGAGUAAAAAAGCAAAGCAACGAAAUGUGAAUCAAAGCAAGAAAAUACUGCAAUCAAAACGAGAAAUGCAGGCUAACUUCGAUCCUUUCUGGGUUUCCUUAACUCAACGAGGUCCCAGGGCUUUACACUCAAUGACUUUACUCAAUGAAAGAUUCGUACUCCUGAUUUCAAGUGUGAUGAAGUAA